GUUUAAUACGAGUGUAUUCAACAUUAGAACCCUCUACCCUGGAAAUCGUACUCAGCCAGCCAGCGAUGAUUUGAAAUUUUUGAGCAUACAAGAGGCACCAAACCUUCAGUCUUUGUCGAAACAUUGCCCAAACCGCAAGUGUUAAUUCGUUUUUCGGAGAAAAAAUAAACCUGAUAGCUAGUACCGACCCGGCUGGCAACGAUGCUACAGGUGGAUCUGUUUACGGUGUGUGCCGUUGGGGGAAUCGUUCUGCUCGUGUAUCACUAUCUGUCGAAAAAGUUCGAAUACUUCCUGUCCAAGCCAAUACCAUGCCCAAAGCCGACGUUUCUUUUUGGGAAUACCGCAUCCAUGAUAUUGCGGACUCAGGAUGCCAAAGAGAAGAUUCAAGAGCUGUACAAUAGCUUUCCCGACGCAAAGAUUAUGGGCUUUUACAACCUCCUCAAGCCAGCCUUCAUCGUACGCGAUCCGAAAGUGAUCAAGAAGAUCGGCGUCAAAGAUUUCGACUACUUUAUGGAGCACACCCCAAUAUUUAGUCCGAGCAAAACAGAUGCGGAUGACGAUAACAGUCAGAGCCUCUUCGGAAACUCACUGUUUGCUCUACGCGGACAGAAGUGGCGGGAUAUGCGAGCAACCCUGAGUCCGGCCUUCACCGGAAGUAAGAUGCGCCACAUGUUCGACCUGGUAGCGGAAUGCGGAGUAUCGUUGAAAGAGUUUCUGCUGAAGGAAGCUAAGACGGGGAAGAGAAUGGAGUACGAAAUGAAGGAUACCUUCUCGAGAUUUGGAACGGACGUAAUUGCGACGGUAGCAUUUGGAUUGAAGGUGGAUUCGAUGCGUGAACAGGACAAUGAAUUCUUCACGAAGGGAAAGAAGAUGCUUGAUGUGAAAUCGCCAAAAGUGUUGAUAAAAUUCUUGACGGUGGUAGCCUUUCCAUGGUUGGCACGCAAAUUGGACAUCGAUCUUGUUGACGGAAAACUGGCCACGUACUUCCGAGGAGUCCUUACAGGACACAUGAAGCAACGUGAGGCGCAUGGAAUCGUCAGAAAUGACAUGAUCAACAUUUUGAUGGAAGUUCAGAAAGGUGCAUUGCGACAUAACGCCGAGGAGCACGAAACGAAGGAUGCAGGAUUCGCAACGGUAGAGGAAUCCAGUGUAGGAAAAUCGACCCACUCAAGAGUUUGGACCGAAAGUGAACUGAUUGCGCAGUGCUUUUUAUUCUUUUUUGCUGGCUUUGACACAGUGUCUUCCGGUAUGAGUUUCUUGGCUUACGAGCUCGCCUUGAGUCCGGAGGUCCAAGAUCGCCUCUAUCAAGAAAUAAUGGAGACAGAUCAAUUUCUUGCUGGGAAGCCACUCAACUACGAUACUCUUCAGAAGAUGGAAUACUUGGAUAUGGUAGUUUCGGAAGCACUACGCAAGUGGCCACCAGCAGUCCUUUCCGAUCGACUCUGCAGCAAGGACUAUCAGUAUGACGAUGGUCAGGGUACGAGUUUUGUGAUUGAAAAGAAUCGCACCAUAUGGAUUCCCACGAUUGCCAUCCACAACGACCCCAAGUUCUACCCCAACCCGGAUAAAUUCGACCCGGAAAGGUUCAGCCCGGAAAACCGAUCGAAGAUAGUCCCUGGAACUUAUUUGCCGUUUGGAAUAGGGCCAAGGAACUGCAUUGGAUCCCGUUUCGCACUGAUGGAGCUGAAGUCGAUUAUGUACUAUCUAGUGAAGGAGUUCAGUCUGGAGCCGACCGAGAGGACUGAGGUGCCGCUAAAGCUCUCCCGGAUGGCGAUUUCGUUACAGUCGGAAAAGGGCAUUUGGCUGGAGCUUAAACCUCGAAAAUUAUAAUGUAGAAAGUAUAUUGAAGCUGAAAUUAUUAGAGCGAUAAGAAUCCAAACCAAUGAAUUUUUAAACAAGGAUUUGAAUAUACAAAAAAUAUAUUUCUUUAAGAUUA